AUGUAUCUGAACCUAAGUAAACCACCUCAUAGAUCAAUGAUUAAGGAGAAGAUAAUCCUAAAGCUAGACCUGACCCAGAAACUUAAGCUCAUAGUGAAGAGUGAUUUCCUUUCUAGUAAUACUCUUUAUCACGGCCCUUCUAUUUGUAUAUAUACAUGGAAACAUCAGCAAAAAGCUCUAACUACCGCAAUAAUAGAUGGAGAAACGGGAGAAAUUUCCAUGUCCGAUUCACCUCACCCCACCGCCCCAACCCCUCUACCACACGCUUUUUUGAGAGAUGAUGAGAUUUCGCAACAUUCAAGUAUUACAAUCGAGCCAGCACGUUCACUACCGCUUUAUAAGAUAUCUACAUUACACAAAACGUUUAACUAG